CUAAUCUACAGACGCGGUUCAUCUCGGAGAAUUAUCUUUGAGUCUGCUGUUUACAGAAGACGGGUCUCCAGAGAAGGGGAGGCAGAUCAGAGACAGGUGGAUAGGCUGGCUAUGGUGAGGGACGAUGUUGGCCAGAAAGAGCAUCAUCCCAGAGGAGUAUGUGCUGGCGCACAUCGCGGCGGAGAACCUGCGCAAGCCGCGCAUCCGAGACCGCCUCCCGAAAGCCCGCUUCAUUGCCAAGAGCGGGGCCUGCAAUCUGGCGCACAAGAACAUCCGUGAGCAAGGCCGAUUCCUUCAGGACAUCUUCACUACCUUGGUAGACCUGAAAUGGCGCCACACGCUGGUCAUCUUUACCAUGUCGUUUCUCUGCAGUUGGCUGCUCUUCGCCAUCAUGUGGUGGCUGGUGGCCUUUGCCCAUGGGGAUAUCUAUGCUUACAUGGAGAAAAAUGGAACGGAGAAAAGUGGUUUGGAGUCCACUGUAUGCGUGACUAAUGUCAGGUCUUUUGCCUCUGCUUUUCUCUUCUCCAUUGAGGUUCAAGUGACAAUUGGAUUUGGAGGGAGAAUGAUGACUGAGGAAUGCCCUCUGGCCAUCACAGUUUUGAUUCUUCAGAAUAUCGUGGGGUUGAUCAUCAAUGCGGUCAUGUUGGGCUGCAUUUUCAUGAAAACAGCUCAGGCUCACAGAAGGGCAGAAACUUUGAUUUUCAGUCGCCAUGCUGUGAUUGCUGUCCGAAAUGGCAAGCUGUGCUUUAUGUUCCGAGUGGGUGACUUAAGGAAAAGCAUGAUCAUUAGUGCCUCCGUGCGCAUCCAGGUGGUCAAGAAAACAACUACCCCUGAAGGGGAGGUGGUACCUAUUCACCAACUGGAUAUCCCUGUUGAUAACCCGAUUGAGAGUAACAACAUUUUUCUAGUGGCCCCUUUAAUCGUCUGCCAUGUGAUUGACAAGCGCAGCCCCUUGUAUGAUAUCUCAGCUACUGACCUCGCCAGCCAAGACCUGGAGGUCAUAGUGAUUCUAGAAGGAGUAGUCGAAACUACCGGCAUUACCACGCAAGCAAGAACCUCCUACAUUGCGGAGGAGAUCCAAUGGGGCCAUCGCUUUGUGUCUAUUGUAACUGAGGAGGAAGGAGUGUAUUCUGUGGAUUACUCCAAAUUUGGCAACACUGUUAAAGUAGCUGCUCCAAGGUGCAGUGCCCGAGAGCUGGAUGAGAAACCUUCCAUCCUUAUUCAGACCCUCCAGAAGAGUGAACUGUCCCAUCAGAAUUCUCUGAGGAAGCGCAAUUCCAUGAGAAGAAAUAAUUCUAUGAGAAGGAACAACUCUAUUCGUAGAAACAACUCGUCCCUCAUCGUGCCAAAGGUGCAAUUUAUGACUCCAGAAGGAAACCAAAGUGCACCAGAAUCAUGACAGCAAGAAAGUUUUUUUUAUCAAAUGUUGACGCUUUAUGCAGGGCACUAUCAGACUGUACAUCUUAAUGCACUAUAAAUGAUAUUCAUAUUCCAACAACAGCACUUUAUCAAUAAAACUGUAACACACAAGGCAGAGGAUUCAUGGCUUACACUUGUUUCAUAUGUGUAGUAUUUGCAGUGAAAUGCUUAAGUUAUGUUUAGAAAAUAGUAUGCUUUCAUUUCUCUCCAUUUGAAACACAAUUACAUUAAUAGUAAUGUAAUUACUAGGACAUUAAUAGGACCAUGAAUGCAAAAGGUGGCUAAGGAAUGAUGAUAUUUGAAGUGCUUAGUGGGUGAAACCACGGAUCUCUCAGUUUCUAUUGUUCACUCUGGAAAUACAAGUAGAAUAAGAGGGGGAAGAAACAAAAUUGUACUAACAUCUAUUGUAUAUCAACCAAUAUGUUGCCUUUUCCAUGAUACUGCACCUGGGAAAGAGCACGAGGCAACAACUGCUUAGCUCUCUCUGCUUCUCAGCAGCUUCUGUUCGUCCACUUAGUCCUUCACAGUGACCUCCAGAGGUUUCCUGGUUCCGCUGGCAACCUAUUGGCAGAGCUGGGCAAGGAGCUUAGGAGAAAAGCUAAGAACAUUCCUGUCUCAUUUUAAGACUGGACUUCCAACACUGACAGUCAUCUCCUUCAUCUUCUCACUUCUUAAGAACC